CGUAUUGCCUACGACUGAAGCUUUCAGGGGAAGUUUGGUGUGAUGUUUUGCUGUUUCCUCUUGGAAUGGAUUUAGAGGAGGCAUAUGGAGUUGUAGGCGAAUUCGGAUCGUAUCAGAAGCAGACGGUGGCAGUUCUUGUAUUGCUACAGGUUUACAUGGCAUGCCAGUCCAUGCUAAUAGUUUUAAUCGGAGCUGUGCCAGAGUACCACUUUGAAGGAGGAGCCGUCAGUCAGCCGGAGGUCGUCCAGUCCGUCACGUUUACAGAGGACGUCGACUCGAUUGUCACUGAAUGGUUCCUCUUCAAGCAGCAGGCCUACAAGGUUAGCCUGGCGGGUUCAUUGUUCUUUGCUGGGGUUCUGAUUGGAAAUGUCCUGUUCGGGCCCAUCUCUGAUCGGAUCGGGAGGAAACCUGUUUUCCUAACGGGUCUGUUUUUCGAGGUGCUCUUUGGCUUUUGCUCAGCCUUUGCUCCCAGCUAUGAGAUGUUUGCCUUGUCCCGCCUGCUGGUGGGCCUGAUGAAUGGGGGCAUGGCGCUGGUCUGCUUUGUCCUCACCCAGGAGUAUGUGGGCAAGUCGUACUGGGCCAUGACAGGGACCCUGAGUAACAUGACAUUUGCAGUGGGUAUCGCCCUGUUUGGAUUACUGGGCUACUAUGUCAGACCAUGGCGUACCUUAGCAACAGUGGCCAAUGCUCCCGGAGUCUUGUUCUUCCUCCUGUGUGUGAACCUUCCCGAGUCUCCUCGCUGGCUGUACUCGCAAGGUCAAACUGAGCGGGCGGAGGAGGUUCUACGUUUCAUAGCAAUUAGGAAUGGAAGCAGUGCCAAGGUUCACCUUCGCCGCUGCCCUGGCACUGCCAAAAUGGAUAGCAACAACAAUUCAGCCCCCAGCGUAUUGAACCUAGUCACCCAUCCAAUCCUUUGCCGGAGGACUUUGGUACUCAUGUAUGUCUGGUAUGCGUGUAGUCUGGUGUACUACGGGCUGACCCUAAACGCCAGUGGUGGCUCAGGUAAUCGCUACUUCACUGUGGCCAUGUAUGGGCUGGUGGAGCUGCCUGCAUAUCCUAUGUGUAUGUACUUCAUCAACAAGCCAUGGGCAGGACGAAGGAAAACCAUGGCCGCCGCCUUAGUUCUGGCUGGCGUUGCUUGUCUGUGUACCACAUUUAUACCAGAGGAUACAGGAUUGCUGCUCAAUCCUACCUCUCUAGCCUUGCUGGGGAAACUGAUGGUCAGUGCAGCCUUCAACAUUGUGUAUGUGUUUACCUCUGAGCUGUAUCCCACGGUUAUAAGGAACGCUGGUCUGGGAGUGUGCUCCAUGUCCUGCAGAGUGGGAGGGAUCCUGGCACCUUUUGUUCCUUCUAUGCGAGCCGUCCACAGCUCCAUGCCCUUCAUUGUGUUCUGUCUGAGUGGGAUCUCUGCUGGCGGUCUGAGUCUGCUGCUGCCAGAAACCCUCAACAAGCCUGGAGCUGAGACCCUGGAUGAGCUGAGCAGCCCCGUCUACCAGCGCAUCCUACAGAUGCAGGGACGCUUGUUUGAGGAGUCCGACAAGAAGGUGGACAAGUGAACCAAUCGGGUUGAGUCUGGCAAAAUCAUUCAAUAGCACAGCAGAUCUGAUGACCAAGUAGGACAGUAAACCAAAAGCCUUCUCUCAGUGGUACGAGCCAAAGACUUCAGGACCAAUACAUCACGGUAACCAAGGGGACCAAUACACCACGGUAACCAAGGGGACCAAUACACCACGGUAACCAAGGGAACCAAUACACCAUGCCAACCAAGGGUACCAAUACACCAUGGCAACCAAGGGGACCAAUACGCCACGGUAACCAAGGGAACCAAUACACCAUGCCAACUUAGUAGUUGGUAGCACAAUUAGGACCUAGCUAUACCGUAUGAUAGCUGGAAAGCCUAUUUGCAGGGAAAAGUGUUUACAGUAUAUUGUGGUUUUGUAUGUGGACUGAAUAUUUGUGUGUGUUGUUGUGUGUGUGUUGUUGUACAGCGAUUUACAUGUGAAGUGCCUUCUGGAAAAAGUUAUUUAUCACAUAAUUUCAUGUUGUUUAACAAAUGUGCCAAUUUUGAGAUGUAUAAUGUCAAAUUUCCAUUUAGUUGACCUUAAAGUAUCACACGUGCAAUCAAAGGUUUAUCAUUCUUGGCAUUAUCAACAUUCUUUGUAUAUACAUAUAACAUACUGUAUUAUAUAAGUUAUAUAUUCUACCGUCUCGUAAAUAGUACUUUUAGUCAACAAAUUGCAGGAAUUUAAAGUACUGACAGAAAAGUAUGGAUCUAUUAUAAUUUUACACUCCUGAUCCAGCUAAAGACACACAUGCUGUCUUUAUGCUCUGGAUAGGAUCUUCAUUGCUCUUGGUCUAAGAUGUGCAGGUGUAGAAAAUGCAUAUUCGGUUGUCGAGUGGUAUACUAUGUUGACACCAGAGGGCGCUGUGGUAGUACUCACUGCCUGGGCUCUGAAGACCUGAACUGAACUUUUGUGGUACUGAACCAACCCUGUUCUUGGCCUUUUCCCCCGUGAGGUGAUUGUGUCAGCAUUGACGCAGACAAAGAGGCCCAGCUCAACCUUGACUCCCAGGAGCAGUCUUAUCAAAGACAGUGGAGGAACCACAUAGAGUUUUUUCCCCUCAUCACUUAUAAUUAUGCCUCAUGGCACAAUUGGCUCAUGCACCCAGUUCAACAAGUAGGCAAAGGCGGGUUGAAGAGUUGAACUGUAAUCAUUGUUUUGGUUUAUGUUCCUUCUCUGUGAGAGCCUGUCAGGGCAGAAAAUCCCCAAGGAAGAGGUAAAUAAACAAAUUAUCAACUAAACCUGUGUUCUUCAAAUAAGACCCA